AUGGCCGCUCCGUCUCGGCCAACCGCAAAGGUGAAACUCAGCGAUGGGUUGGUGCAGAGCCUGGCCGUCGGCAAGGUCUACCGGGACCACAAAGGCCCAGUUAGUGGGAUGGACUUCACAUACGACGGCCAGCACUUGGUGACUUCCGGCGAGGACAAGAGCGUCUACGUCUACUCCUGCGAGAAAGCGGGUCGCGCCCGGCACCUCCGCUGCGAGAAGUACGGCGUGGGCUUGAUCCGUUUCCUCCACAACGAUAGGGACUGUGCAGUGGCUGCCUCCCGGAGCGAGGCCGAACACCUCCUCAAGUACUGGGACUUCCACGACAAUAAAUAUCUGCGACUCUUCCGCAGCCACACCGCCAGAGUCACCUCGGUGAGCCCCCACCCCUACGAGGACCUCUUCCUGUCAGGCUCUGAGGACCGUGCGGUGCUCCUCUGGGACCUGCGCCAGGAGCGGCCCGUGGCCAAGAUCAACGGCCAAGGCACCACCAUCGCCAGCUUCGACCAGCAGGGGCUAGUCUUUGCAGCGUGUGUGGGCCAGCCGAAGUUGCACCUCUUCGACACACGGAACUAUGCUAAAGGAGAGUUCACCUCCUUCGACCUGCGGCCGCAUGUGCCAGACCAGGCGCAGUUCGUAGCCUUCAGCCCCUGUGGCAAGUACUUGCUGGCUCGCACACGGUCACAGAUGGUCCUGAUCGAUGCCUUUGAUGGCGAGUUGAUCUGCGAAUAUCCUGAGGAAGCACCGCAGAGCACUCCGAGCGCGGGGAGCGCCGCCCCCGUCGCCUCUGUUCCGAGCUUCUCCCCGGACUCUCAGUACGUCCUGAGCGGCCAGCCCAAUGGUGACGUUUGCGUCUGGGCCACGACCAAUGCACGGCUGGUGCAUCGCCUCGAGGGCCACACGACGACUCCAGGCCGUGUGCUCUUCAGCCCGGCUCAUGCUCUCGUGGUCACGGCGGCAGAGACUCUGGCUUGGUGGAUUCCCGACACAGCUCCGCCGUGA